AUGGAUCCGACAGUGCGCAUGGAAGCUUUAAAAGCUGCCAUUCAUGCCGCUGAGAACGGAAACUUGGGAAAGAUCUGCGGUGUGUUGGACCGAGUCGAUGACGAAAAUGCAGCUGUGAGGCAACUUGCUACGAGCUCGCUGGCCUACCUCCUCAUGGAGGACGACCACGAGGCCCCUGCCGCGAGGGCCGCAGGGGUGCAGCGAUUGCUGGAUUCUGACGGGGAGGUGCGGAGCGCUGCGCGGAUGCUCCUCGGAGCCGUGGCACACGGCCACGAGGCUGUGGUCUCCGCACUGGCAGGCAUCAUGCAGAGCCGCGAGGAGGACUGGUUACGACAAGAGGCCGUGGAGGCUUUGUCGUCGCUGGCCAGCCGCGGGAACUCGGAGGCCCUGGCCGCGGUUGUGCGGGGCCUUGCGGACCCCAGUCUUGCGGUGCGGCGGGAGGCUGUGGCAGCACUGGGAGACGUGGCGCCUUUCUGUGAUCGCGAGGGAACGACCUUGUUGUGCCAAUGCUGCACCGAUCCGGACCCCACUGUGCGAUGUGCACUGGCGCAUGCGAGCACGAUUAUCUCACCCUGGGGCGACCCUGCCAUGACUGCCGCACUCGUGGGUCUGCUGCAGGACACCCACGCUGAGGUACGGGUGCGGGCCGUCAUCGCCCUUGGCACUGUGGCCCGGCCAUCGGAUCGGGAGACGAUCGAGGCCAUGGAGGCCUGCGCCGAGGACGCGGAUGAUCGGGUUCGCUCGGCCGUGCAGCGCUCUUUGGCACUGCUUGCCCCGCCGUCUCUGGAGGAGGUCACGCUGCCUUCUCCUGAGGCCAUCGAAGGAGUCAAGUCCAAGAAGGCUGCACUCUGGCGGGCGGAGGCCGCGAAGGCCGUCCCGCCGAGCGCUGAGGCGGAAGAUCGCCUGGCAUGCAGCAUUACAGACAAGCUGCUGGGCAGCCGGGCCUUCAUCUGCCUGUCAAGGAGCUCGCGGGUGGUGCUGGAAGGAUGCCUGGACAUGCCCCAGAUCUGCGACCUGCUUGCCGGACAGCGACCAGAUGCUGCACCCCUCUUCUGGCGCCACCCACGGGCGCGCUUUGCGGCCGUGAGCCCACGAUGUGUUACGCAGCUUUGCCAGGAGAACAGCUGUAAAACUCCCCGAGACCUACUCCAUGCUGGCUACGAGUACCUGGCUUGUGACAUCGAGGCGCAUUUGUCCCACUUUGCCUUGGCAGAUUUCGCGGACAGAGGCCUGGCAGAGCUGACCAGGUGCCAGAAGGUGCUUCUCACCUUUGCCAAGGCGUUCUGGCCCAGGGCGCCGCAUGUUCUUUUCGUGUGCGACCCGGGCUCUUUGGGCGCGGAAGGUACCGCCUUGACCCAGCUGAUGCGCGCGUUGGGCGCCUGGUCCGGUGGCGUCCUCGUGGCAGGGCCGGACUCGACGCUGCGGGAGGUGGAGACGUGGGAGAGGUGGUCGCUCGCCUAG